ACACUCAACGGCGGAUUUAGGGGGGAGAUAUUAUGAGGCUGGUGUCAUUAGGCGAUAGCCAUUGAAUCAUUCAAUCUUUUUUACCGGCCGUGUUUUUUCGGUUUUUCCCUUUUCUCGAUAAUUUCUUUUCUCUCAGGUCAUUUCCAUGGUUUUCAGAUCGCCUUUAGAGCUUUAUCCCUCCCAUUUCUUCCUGCCAAACUUCGCUGAUCGCCCUCUGCUCCUGGCGAACAGCGCUCCCACCACCAGGUCUCCAGAAGACUUGUCCAUGUUUCAGCUACCGACCCUCAACUUCUCCCCGGAGCAGGUGGCGAGCGUCUGCGAGACGCUGGAGGAGACCGGGGACAUCGAACGGCUGGGCCGCUUCCUCUGGUCCCUGCCGGUGGCUCCGGGAGCGUGCGAGGCUAUCAACAAGCACGAGUCCAUCCUGCGCGCCCGGGCCGUGGUGGCGUUCCACACGGGGAAUUUCAGAGACCUGUACCACAUCCUGGAGAACCACAAGUUCACCAAGGACUCGCACGGAAAACUGCAGGCCAUGUGGCUGGAAGCGCACUACCAGGAGGCCGAGAAGCUUCGCGGUCGUCCCCUUGGACCGGUCGAUAAGUACCGGGUGCGGAAGAAGUUUCCGCUGCCUCGGACCAUCUGGGACGGCGAGCAGAAGACGCACUGUUUCAAAGAGCGGACACGGAGCCUGCUGCGGGAGUGGUACCUACAGGACCCGUAUCCAAACCCCAGCAAGAAAAGGGAACUGGCUCAAGCCACUGGACUCACUCCUACACAGGUCGGAAACUGGUUUAAAAACCGGAGGCAACGAGACAGAGCCGCGGCAGCCAAAAACAGGUUGGUGCUUUGUGUUUGUGUGCGCGCUGUCAGAGCGCAAGUUGCUGAAAAGUUUGCUUAAAUGCUUUUAAUUCGAAGUGGAGCUCAUAUUUGGUAUAUAGUUGUGCUGGCGGACAGAGUGUCUGGGAAAAAAGACGAGUCUGUGUGCGAGGGGAGGGAGCAGGCUGCGCCGACAUUUUUGUUAUGAAGUGAAAACAGGAUGAACACUCAGGAGAGGAUUCUCGCUCAACUACACAGUCACAACUUGCUUUAAAUUAAACUUUUGAUUUUUUCCUAAUAAAACUGCUUCAUAAACAUACUUGUGAGGUAGGUGUGCAGACUUGGCCGGUAUUUUAAAGAAAUCUUGGAAUUAUCAGACAUUAAAAAAACACAUCUGAUGAUAAUAAUACGCACUCAUUUACGCGUUGAAAUACCCUCAAAUUUCCAAAAAGUAUGAAUAAUUUUUUAAAUCAUAAACCGAGCAGCUGAUGAAAACAAAGUGUGUUGUGCUUUGACAGGAGCAGCUUGUUUAUCUUUUCCGUGAGAGUGAAAGUGUCCAAACAAAUAUAAAAAGAGCAUAAAAUGACAUUAAAAAACAUUAGUGUGAUUGACUUGUUGAUACUAAAACAUCUUGUGAUUUGGUGAUUGUGAAGAAACCUUUUUAAACGACCUUUGAGUUAUUUCUGCAUUUUUGCAGCAAAAAGAAUUACCAGGAGUUUUUAAAUUCCUCUUACUAUCAUGUGAAAAAAUUCCUGCACCUGUAAAUACGUUUAAAAUGUAUUUUUCUGCAAAUAUUGGAAACAAUUUUUGUAUAUUUUUUAAGCUUUUUUACGAUUUAUUUACGCCACAUUACAUAUAAAGGCUGCAUGCAUCAUGCUGUACACUGCUUUGAAAAUUUUAACAUCACGUUACUUAGCAUUGUUGAAAAAAAGAUGAUCUCAGAGGGAUAAUACAGAUAUUACUGAUAUUACUCCACAAAAAUGAGCAUGCGUAUUAAAAGAGCUUUUGCAGAACAUAGGCUGCAUUAAGUGUGGUAUCGUUCCAUUGAAAUGCUAUAAUUGAUUAGAAAAUAAAACGAAGAGGACUAAGCCAUAUGAAUACUAUUCUAAUCUUUUUGCUAAAUGAAGGGAUAGAUUUCCAGGCUGAUAUUAUCCCGCCGUGAUGGAGUUAUUAUCGUGAGUGGAUUGGAGAUAAACAUUUAGGAUGAUUGAAGUAAACCUGCAGCUCCACGUCACUCAUUCAUACACUUCCAUCCCACUGAAAUACAUGUGUGUCAAAGCCUCGUGGACAAAGGGCCUAUAUUCUAUUUAAAUCUACAAUCAGCAUUUGGGUUUGAAGCUGCAGGGGUCACCGGGAUUUGGAGAGUGUGCAGGGAGGAAGAGCGAUGAUAAAAGUAGAGAUGAUGAUGAAGGUGGAAAUACAACCGACUCGCUCUAAAAAUACACAACUCUACUGCUUUUAUUAAAUCAACAAAGUAGGGUUUAAAGUUUGAUUUUCCCGGUUUGGUAUGAUCUGGACUUGAAUUAUUAGGCUGCUGACUCGCGGGUUGAUCAUGUCUACAUUUGCAGAGAAAAACCCUCCAUUACAUUGCAUUUCUUCCAAGAUUUAGCAGACUAAAUAGUGCUGUGUUUUGUCCCCUGAAAGCUGGCUAUUUGAUAAAAGCAUGCAUGCAUGGCUGGGGCCGGCAGGGGGAAAGAAAAGGCGAGUUUGAACCCCUCUUUUGCACGGGGGAGGAGGAAGAGGAGGAGGGUGAGGGGGAGACAUUCUCGGGUCUAAUUGCCAUUUCUCUCUUUUUUCUUCUUCUGCUUCUUCUUUUUCCCCAACCUCCUCCUUCUCCUACUCCUACUCCUCGCUUCUUUUCUUUUCCUCCAGGCUUCAGCAUCAAGCAAUAGGACCGAGUGGUAUGAGAUCGCUCUCAGAGGCCGGUCUCACCCCUCACAGCUCGGCGGAGUCGCCUUCGACCGCAGCCAGUCCCACCACCAGCGUGUCCAGUAUGACAGAGCGAGUCGAUACUGGGACGUCCAUCCUGUCCGUCACAUCCAGUGACUCGGAGUGCGAUGUAUGAUACGGAGGGGAAAGGAGGAGGAAAAAAAAAACAACACACAAAAACAAACACAAAAAGAGAAAUAUUUACAGGGAAAAUGGACCUGAGAGGAAGAAAAAAAGACUUAUGAAAUAUCGCGGAUGAAAAAAGGACCGAUUGAUAUAAAUAUUAAAAUAAAAAGAGAUAAAGCACGUCGUUUUUUUUUUUUUUUUUUUUUGUUUUUUUAUUAAAAGCGCUUUCAAAAGGACCCACGCCUCCCCCUCCUCUUCAUACCCCCACACCACCGCCACCACCACCACCACCACCACCACUUCUACUACUAGACUACUUGCAUGAUGUUUUUUUUUUUUUUUUAAUUUUAUUUUGUAAUCAGGGAAAAUAACCUGAAUGCAAGAUUCUCCAUCAGGAACAUCGAUCAGAGGGAAUAAAAACAGAUCGUCUUGGUGUCUUCGUCGCCCUUUUUUUUCCUCUAUCCAUCUCCGUUUUUCAGUCCAAGUGAUGAUGAUGAUGAUGAUGAUGAUGAUGACGCCACGCAGACAAGAUGCAAUCCUGUUUUUUUUUUCUUUUUUACUUUGUGUUCAUCAGACAAUCAUUUUAAGUCGUAAGCACCUUUUUUAAAUACACUUCUGUCACUGCCUGUGUGGGGUUCAUGGUCUCAAAAAAAUGUCGUUUAUGACUGUAUCAGAUUUUUAUUUUUAUUUUCAAAAUUUUAUAUUGAAUUAUGUAUAUCUCAAAUAAUGCGAUCAUUCUCCCGGUCUGUAAUAUACGUGUAGAAAUAUUGCUUGUACAUAAUUAUUGCUCUCCCCCCUCUUCCUCCCGUCUCAUCCUCUUUUCUAUCCCUCCCUCACUUUUCUUGACUUGGUGUUCCUACAUAAAAUAUUUGUCAAAACUUACAACUCAAGUGCUCUAGGCGUUUUUGUUGCUUUUUUUGGGGGGUGUUAAAAUGACAUAUGUUGCCAUUCAGAAGUAAAAUAUGAAAAGUG